AACUAUUAAUUUAUUCUUCAUCUUGUAGAAAAAUAUCUUCUUCCUUAACAAUAUAGUUUUUCACUUUCACUCUGUUUUUAGCUUAUUAUGAAUUCCUGCUCCACCACUACUCACUCACUCCUCCUACAAUUUGGUUACUCAAUUUUCUUAGUUAAUAUUUUUUGUUAAAAUCACCAAAUCCACCAAAAACCUACUUCCUUAAAUCCCUUCAAUUCUAUUCUCAUUUCCAUAUUUAUUCACUUUGGCAUUAUAAAAAAAGGCAAAAUAAUGACGGACAUCGAUUUAGAACAAGGAGGAGCUUUUGGAUAUCAUCACCGGCGGUCGUUGGACGGAAGUGAAGUAAGCGUUUAUUAUUCAGACGGUGAAGAUUUGGCGUCAUGCUACUCUUACUUCUAUUCGACGACUGGAGGAUCGUAUGAAUACGAAGGAGAUCAGUCGAGGAAAGUGUCGUCGGUGAUGAGUCCGUCAUCGGAGAUAGAUAAUGAUGAUGCGUCGGCGCCGCCGGAGAAAGAUUGUCGGAUAUGUCAUAUGGGAGUGGAAACGAGCGGUGGAGGUGCGAUUGAAUUAGGGUGUUCGUGUAAAGACGAUUUGGCUGUUGCUCAUAGACAAUGUGCUGAGACUUGGUUCAAGAUCAAAGGCGACAAAAUCUGCGAGAUUUGCCAAUCGGUAGCCCGAAACGUUGGCGGUGCGAACGAAAUGGUUGUGUCAACGAUGGAAGAGAGAGAGUUGAGAAACAGUGAUCAGGAAACUGCGGCGGUAGGAGGUGGAGGAGCAACGGUGGUGGAGAACAGGUGGCAGCCACAGAGAGUGGUGAAUUUAGUGUUAGCUUGUAUGGUUUUUGGCUUCUUUAUAUCAUGGAUCUUUCAUUUCCAUGUUUCCUCUUCUUCUUGAACCCACAAAAUACUUAUGGUCUUGCAAUCAAACUACACACUUUACUUUAAAGGAUGCUUGAAGCUUUAGAGACAACAUCGUCUCAUUAAAGCUCAAAACGGUUCCUAGUAACAAAAUUGAAAUAAAUAAAACCAACUUGAUACAACAAGGAUUAUUACUUGGGGAAUAAGGAACUGGACAAUGUACUACGAGUCUACGAAUAGCAUUUGCCCUAACUUCUCUCUAUAAUUGUUCUUCUUUUCUGGAACCAAUAACCAAAUACUAAAUGUUUGACCCCACUUACACGAGAAUCUUUUACUUGUAACUCGUUUCGGGUCUACUGUUGUCGUACCCUAUGCCACAAAACCUGAAGUCGUGAUUCUCUACCAUUACCAGUCUCUUCCGUCUUAAACAGGGGUUCCAAACCUCUAAGCCUUUUUUCCUAAUGCCAGAUAACAAGACCCCAUCGCAUUGACCUAAGCUGCUAUGAAUUGGAAUGCAUUAGCUUAUAUCACGUACCUCAAGUUUAGGGUCAUCGCCGUCGUCGUCGUUGAUGCCUACCGAACAAAUCUGGGAAUUGGUCCAUAUGAUGAAUUGAGGUUGCGUGCGAGCCAAGUACUUUUUCGAGAAACUCUUGUCCUCCCAAAAAGCGUUCCAUGUCUUACUUACGACUCUGAAUCGUGCAAGAGAUUUCGUUGGCAAUCGACAAAUUAUCUCUCCGACCAAGUACGAUGGUAAUUUCUCAUCUUUGAUUAACCCUUCACAAAGAAUCAAGCAUGGGAAAAAGAAAGUAAGAAGGAAAAGUUAGUUGCAGACGAGAUCGAAGAACGAGAAGAAGAAGAGUCGACACGCUCAAGAGAAGUUGGCUGGCCAAAAUUCUUCAAUUUCUCCGCCGGUACCAUUAAUUAGUGUUGGAAGUUGAUUAAUUGCUUAGUCACAUGCAAGAGAAACCUGAGGAGAAAGGUGAGAAGAUGAUGAAGAAGAAGAGCAUAAUAGAAGAAGCUUCAAUGAAGCGAAGAGGAGAUGAUGGAGAACUAGAACAAGUGUCGUGAAGUGAAUUGUGUGACUUUGGUCACAAUUGGAUGAUUAAGAGGCCAUUGGGCCAAAAAAUAAGUAAAGCCCAAAUAGAAUUGGGUUUGUUUUUUUUAGUAGAAAGUUGUUAGGUUUAAGGAUAAGGCAUUAGUAUAAAUUUGUUGGAAUGUUGUAAGAGAAGUAUAUUAGAGAUUAAGGAGAAAGAUGUCGAAAUUGGCUAAACUAAAUCAU